AUGACAGAAGUGGAAAGGUAUCCGUUACAUCGUGCUGCAUUCUUCAACGAUACAAAAUCGAUUUUACAACUUAUUAAUAAUGGUGCAGAUCUUCAUUUGAAAGAUCCUCAAGGCAAUACAGCUCUACACAUUUCCACAAUGCUUGGACACAGAGAGGCAACAGCGCUUCUGCUUGCUAAUAAUGCUCCAGUGAAAUCGAAAAACAGAGACGGAUGGAAUAGCUUAAUGGAAGCAGUAAGCUAUGGUGAUCGACAAAUAAUCACGGCUAUGUUACGCAAAUUGAAAGCACAAUCACGAGAAAAUAUGGCGCUUCGGAAACCUCACAUGCUUAAGAUACUGUCUGAGUUUGGUGAUUUCUAUUUGGAAUUGAGAUGGGAUUUUCAAAGCUGGCUUCCUCUGCUCACGAAAGUGCUUCCUUCGGAUGUAUGCAAAAUAUAUAAAUGUGGAACAAAUCUAAGGUUGGAUACAACAUUAGUUGAUUUUACUGAUCGAACCUGGGAACGAGGCAAUAUAUCCUUCAUCUUUGCAUCAGAUCCGGAUCGCUCGAAGGACCAGUUUCUGAUUUUAGAUCAUGAGGCUAAGGUAUUUCAACGUAUAAAGCGUGAGGAAUCAGAGAUUGAAUUGGAUGAAGAAAUUGAUGUUCUAAUGUCUUCUGAUAUUAUAAGUGCUCAGAUGUCUACGAAACCAAUAACAUUUGAAAGAACAAUAAGUGGUUGGAUUUUCAAACACGAAAAAUUGGAACAAGUUGGCGAUUAUAAUGCUGUUUAUUAUACUGUGAAUGGUAUGUCACUAAUUACUCGGAAACGAAGGGAACACUUGACAGCAGAAGAUAUCAAGAAGAAUAAGGCAUUCUUGCAAAGUUUAGCAAUAGGAUCACCGAUGACAGAAGAUGAAUUCAUAAGCCUUCAACACCGAAAAAGUCUACCUCCACCACGAGAAAUGGCGACCACAUGGGAAGAAUAUAUUAAUGCUGAUGCUGGUCUUGCUCCUUCUCUAGGACGCGCUCAGGUUCUUAAACAGACUACAAAGAAAUUCAAAGCUCUUAUUGCGAUGGCUGAAGAUUUUCCUCUUUCGAUGGACAUUUUACUGGAUAUUCUCGAGAUUGUUGCACCUUUUAAGCACUUCGAUAAAUUACGGUGUUUUUGCAAAAUGAGGCUACCACCUGGUUUUCCGGUUCGAGUUGAAAUUCCUAUACUACCAACGAUAUCAGCGAAAGUCACAUUCCAGAAAUUCAUGUUCUGCAAUGAUCUAACGUCAAAAUUGUUCAAAAUACCGAAAUCUUAUCGAGAAGAUGCUAAUCGUUUUCCGGAUCUUUAG